AUGCAACCUCGGAGUCAGCUGCUGAGCUCCCGAAGAGGGCCCCUCGACAUCAUUCCCGGCACCCCGCCUCUCCUGAGACCUCUGGUGCGCGCAUACCUCUUGGGAUAUGCAUCCUCCGUGGCGCCUAGACUAUUGACUCUCCUGCUCCAACAUGUCUCCAGGGCUGCCAGGAAGCGAAGCGGCGCAUCUGCGGGCGCGCAAAAGGAGCAUGAAUCCUUCCUGUCCUCGCUGAAUCAUACCAUCUUGACUGGCUUCGAACUGCGCAGGUUCCCCGCCUUCUGCGCCCUGCUCGCUGGCGGCAGCACAUUACUCGAGGAACUAUUUCGGCUGUUCUUGCAUCGUGCGCCACCUCCUUGGGACGAACCUGGUCUCACCCGUGGUGCUGCCAAAUGUCGCAUCUUUGUAACCAAUGUCCACCCGGGCGUCAAGGAGGAGAAGGUGGCCAUGGCCGGUCGCACUCUUGACAUGACGCUUUUUGCCUUUACACGCGCAGUAGACGUCCUUGUUGGCGAGUUGUGGUCUCGUCGCCGAGCUCGACGCGUAGCGAGCCAGAAAUGGACCAAGCUCGAGAGCCUCAUUGGCCAUUCCACCGAUCCCUGGAUCUUUGUGUGCUCCUGCGCUCUCAUUAUGUGGGCAUGGUUCUACAACCCCUCGGGCCUGCCCAAGGCCUAUCAAAGGUGGAUCAGCUCCGCCGCUGCCGUCGACAACCGCCUCAUCGAAGCUCUACGACGCUGCCGAUCCGGCGAUCUCCGCUACGGCAAGGACACCGGCCAGGCCCCGCUUCUGCAGUCCAUGUGUGAGGACUACAAGUGGCCUGUCAUCUGGGGCGAUCCUGCCAAGACGGCGCCUUUCCCCUGCGAGAUGGUGCACAUGGGCUGCGGCCCGUCGUGCGAGUACCACGCCCUGUCUCGUCUCGUCCGCUCAUGGCGCUGGAGCAUGGCCAUGUACCUUCCCCUCAACCUCGCCAUGCAACUUCGCAAGCCUCCAACCGUCCAAGGCAUCCGCACUGCCGUGCUGUCCGCGUCUCGCUCCUCCGCCUUUCUGGGCGUGUUCAUCAUGCUCUUCUACUACGGCGUCUGCCUCGGCCGGACGCGCAUCGGCCCACACAUUGUGGGUAAAGACUUUGCUGGACGACAGAAGAUCGAUGGCGGCGUGUGCGUAGGCUGCGGCUGUUUCAUGUGCGGGUGGAGUGUGCUGCUCGAGACAGCGAGUCGACGGAAGGACAUGGCCUUGUUUGUGGCGCCGAGGGCGCUGGCAACUCUGUUCCCGCGAAGGUAUGCUGAGGACAAGCAGUGGAGGGAGACGCUCACCUUUGCAGCAAGCGCCGCCGUCGUCUUCACUUGUGAAAGGAGGAACCCAGCCAGGGUAAGGGGUGUGUUAGGAAAGAUUGGGGUCCGAUAUGCGAGGAAAAUACGUGUAGGAUUGGCGAUAGGUUCUGGUUAA